GUGCUCUGCCACGAGGCAUUGGCGGGCACCGGCCUCCGCCCCCGCCUCUCCGCCAAUCGCAGCCCGCCCGCUCCCUUUUCCGUGGGUCCCAGCGAGGCCGCCACCCCGGGGUCGCCGUCUCCGCCUCUCCGCAGUCGGGGCAGCAGCUCGCCGCUCGUUCCCACAUAUCCGUCCAGGAUCCCACAACACAGUUUGCUGUCACGUCUCCUUACAGAGUCUGAACAGCGCCGACCGGUCAGCAUCAUCUGUCCGGUCCCAGCAUGCCUUCUGAGACCCCCCAGGCAGAAGUGGGGCCCAUAGGCUGCCCCCACAGCUCAGGGCCACAUUCGGCGCAGGGGAGCCUGGAGAAGGGGCUCCCAGGGGAUAAGGAAGCCAAGGAGCCCCUGUGGAUCCGGCCCGAUGCCCCGAGCAGGUGCACCUGGCAGCUGGGCCGGCCUGCCUCUGAGUCCCCGCAUCACCACACGGUCCCGGCAAAAUCUCCAAAAAUCUUGCCAGAUAUUCUGAAGAAAAUUGGGGACACCCCUAUGGUCAGAAUCAACAAGAUUGGGAAGAAGUUUGGCCUGAAGUGUGAGCUCCUGGCCAAGUGUGAGUUCUUCAAUGCGGGCGGGAGCGUGAAGGACCGCAUCAGCCUGCGGAUGAUUGAGGAUGCUGAGCGCGCCGGGACGCUGAAGCCGGGGGACACGAUUAUCGAGCCGACAUCUGGGAACACCGGGAUCGGGCUGGCCCUGACUGCGGCUGUGAGGGGCUAUCGCUGCAUCAUCGUGAUGCCGGAGAAGAUGAGCUCGGAGAAGGUGGAUGUGCUGCGGGCCCUGGGGGCCGAGAUUGUGAGGACGCCCACCAAUGCCAGGUUCGACUCCCCAGAGUCACACGUGGGUGUGGCCUGGCGGCUGAAGAAUGAAAUCCCCAAUUCUCACAUCCUAGACCAGUACCGCAAUGCCAGCAACCCCCUGGCUCACUACGACACCACCGCUGAUGAGAUCCUACAGCAGUGUGAUGGGAAGCUGGACAUGCUGGUGGCUUCAGUGGGCACGGGUGGCACCAUCACGGGCAUUGCCAGGAAGCUGAAGGAGAAGUGUCCUGGAUGCAGGAUCAUUGGGGUGGAUCCCGAAGGGUCCAUCCUCGCGGAGCCAGAGGAGCUGAACCAGACAGAGCAGACAACCUACGAGGUGGAGGGGAUCGGCUAUGACUUCAUCCCCACGGUGCUGGACAGGACGGUGGUGGACAAAUGGUUCAAGAGUAACGACGAGGAGGCGUUCACCUUUGCCCGCAUGCUCAUCGCGCAAGAGGGGCUGCUGUGUGGUGGCAGUGCUGGCAGCACGAUGGCGGUGGCCGUGAAGGCCGCGCAGGAGCUGCAGGAGGGCCAGCGCUGCGUGGUCAUUCUGCCCGACUCGGUGCGGAACUACAUGACCAAGUUCCUGAGCGACAGGUGGAUGCUGCAGAAGGGCUUUCUGAAGGAGGAGGACCUCAUGGAGAAGAAGCCCUGGUGGUGGCACCUCCGUGUUCAGGAGCUGAGCCUGUCGGCCCCACUGACCGUGCUGCCGACUGUCUCCUGUGAGCACACCAUCGAGAUCCUCCGGGAGAAGGGCUUCGAUCAGGCGCCCGUGGUGGACGAGGCGGGGGUGAUCCUGGGAAUGGUGACGCUUGGGAACAUGCUGUCGUCCCUGCUUGCCGGGAAGGUGCAGCCAUCAGACCAAGUUGGCAAAGUCAUCUACACGCAGUUCAAACAGAUCCACCUGACGGACACGCUGGGCAGGCUCUCGCGCAUCCUGGAGAUGGACCACUUCGCCCUGGUGGUGCACGAGCAGAUCCAAUACCACAGCACCGGGAAGUCCAGUCAGCGGCAGAUGGUGUUCGGGGUGGUCACCGCCAUUGACUUGCUGAACUUCGUGGCCACCCAGGAGCGGGACCAGAAGUGAAGUCUGAAGUGCUGGGCACUGCGGAGCGGCCCCGCCACCCCGGCCCGCUUCUCCUUCGCUUUCCUGAGCCCUAAACACACGCGUGAUUGGUAACUGCCUCGCCUGGCACCCGUUAUCCCCGCAGACGACAAGGAGCAUCCGUCUCCCCUCAUUAACACAUGGCUUCCUAAACGGCCCUAUUUACGGCCUGUGAGAUGAAAUGCGCUUUUCUCUAAUGUAACUUCCUCUUAGGAUGUUGCACCAAGGAAAUACUGAGAGAGAAGUCGGCCAGGUAGGAAGAACACGAGCAAUGACUGGGCAGAGUGGAUUAAAGGCAAAAGAGAGAAGAGUCCAGGACGGGGACAGGGAAGGGGGCAGGGAGAAGCCCGGGUGGCUCGGCAUCCUCCACGGGCAGCGCCGUCUGCUCGGGGCUGAGCUGGUGGGAGCCGUUUGAGUGUUUGGGUUUUUUAAUUGAGGUGAAAUUCAACUUACCUAAAAAUCAAUCACCUUAAAGUGAAUGAUCAGCGGCAUUUAGUACAUCCAGAAAGUUGUGUAGGCACCACCUCUGUCACGUUCCGGAACAUUCUCAUCACCGCAGGAAGCAAUCAUUUCCCCUCCCGUCUUCCUCCUCCCCUGGCAACUGCUAAUCGCCUUUCUGUCUCUAUUGUCUAAAAUAGGUUUUCCCUGUUCUGGACGUUUCAUAUAAAUGGAAUCACACAA